AUGCAGGAUCUCGAGGGAGGUGGUGGGCACGAUCCGAACACGGAGCCCCUGUUGACCGGCGAAGACGCAGAGAGCGCGGACGGCGGGGCCGGCUCCGCUGCCAAGUCGCUGGCGAGGCGCGGGCUGCAUAAGGCCAGCCGGUUCGUGGAGGACGCCUUCUUCGGCGUGAAGCGGGCGCAUCCCCUCGAGACGCGCGCCGCGCGGCGCUGGCACCGCGUGGCGGCCAAGGCGCGCGGCCCCAUGGUGGCGGCCCUCUGGGGAUACGUCCUCCUCACCUUGUUCGAGCGCCCGCAGUGGUGCAUUCGCUCGCGGCAGAUGGGCCACCAGGACCCCUGCGCGGACCCCAAGUACCCGACCUUCGACCUGGCCUCCGAGCUGCUAUUCCUGGCGCUCCUCGUCGGCCAGCUGGGAGUCGAGUACAUGUCGUUCGGGAGGGGGGCGUUCGAGGGGCGGCUGGACAGGCUGUUCGCCGGCCUGCUGGCCCUGGCGCUCGCGGACCUCGUCUACGCAUAUUGCACGCCGUACUCGUGGACGCGCCUGGCGCCCUUCGUUCGAAUCGCGCUCCUCGCCGUGCGGCACAAGGAGAUUCAUGGCCAGUUGGAGGUCAUGUACAGGAUCCUGCCAGCCUUUGGCUCCAUCUCUGCCCUCUUCGCACUGUUCGUCCUCCUGUAUGCGUGGUGCGGCUGCAUUCUGUUCUCGAGGGACGAAGCCUCCGGCAUUGAGGAUGCCCUGUUCUUUCCCAACCUGUGGGAAGGCAUGUGGACGCUCGUGGUCCUGACAACGACCAACAACAGCCCAGACAUGAUCAUGCCGGCGUACAGCUCCAACCGCAUGUCCAUCCUGUACUACAUGACCUUCCUCCUCCUGGCGUAUUUCUUUGGCUUGAACAUGAUAACCGCCAUCAUCUACAAGGAGUAUAACAGGGGCCGGGAGCUCAACUCGAUGAAGAGGCUGGCGCGCAGGGAGGAAAACUUGAGGGAGGCAUUCCGUUGGCUGGAUGACGGAACAGGCAUUGUUUCGGCUGAGAGGAUGAUGGAAGUUUUUGUGGAGCUGAACAAGACCACGGAGAUGGAGCACAUUGCUGAAGACCACGCGAAACUUCUUUUUGCAGCCGUGGACGUUGAUGGAGACGGAGCAGUCACCCAAGAGGAGUUCAUGUCUGUAUGCGACGUCUUGCAGGUGCGGUUUGUUGAGGUGAAGACUUCGGCGCCGUUCGAAGUGCGCUUUCCUUCCAUGCACCGGUUGUCGUGGUUCAGGCACUUCUGUGCCUUCAUAAAUGGCCGCGUUUUCGAUUCAAUCAUCGACGCAGUGCUCCUCAUGAACGCCGUGGUGUUUGUCAUGGAGAGCUCCCGGCCCCUGGGCUGGGACGUCCCCGACACUGGCAAACUCUCCAUCAUCUCUGGCUGGGCGGAGCCAUGCCUGUCCAUCCUGUUUGUGGCAGAGGCGAUCGCAAAGGUGUGCAUCAACGGCUGGCUCGCAUACUGGAGGAAACUUCGCAACAAAUUCGACCUCGCGGUCACCACCGGAACAGUGGCAGCUACUGUUGUCUUGCACGUUCCCGGCGCGUACGGCAACGCCAAACUCAUCCAGUGGUUCCAGGCCUGCAGGGCGCUUCGGGCUGUCAGGCACCUGGCAAGCUGCAAGGGCUUCAAGGCAAUCUGCUCCACCUUCGCGAAGGUGCUGGGCCCUGCGUCCCGACUCCUCAAGGUCCUGUUCGUCCUCGUCUUCCUGUUCUCCGCGCUCGGGGUGGAGAUAUUUGGCGGCAGGAUCAACCGUGACCCCGAAAGCCCGUACAAAGACCUGCUGGAGAGAAAGGCGCCCGGCUUCGCCCACCCCAGCCCGAAAUUCGACUUCCUGCCCGUCAAUUUCAAUGACAUGCCGUCCGGGAUGGUGACGAUGUUCAUGCUUCUGGUGGUCAACAACUGGGACGUGUUGGUGAGCGGCUUCGUGGCGGUCACCAGCCCCUGGUUCCGCAUCUUCUUCGUUGCGUUCCACUUCCUGGGGGUGCUCCUCUGCCUCAACCUGGCCACCUCGUUCAUCAUCGACAUCGCUAUUGAGUACUACAGCCUGGAGGACAGGUGCAGGAACGGCCCCGAGGCAGGUGGUGCCGCUCUGGGGAACGAGAUCGUUUUCGAGGCGCGCUGCGUCGCCGGGACGGAUACUGGACUCGGAGGCACGUACCGGGCGACGGCAAUGCCAAACAUGCCCAUUGCGCAAGAUGCGAGGGACCUUAUGAACAGGAUCUUUCAAGGCAGAGCGAACUGGUCGGGAGCGUCCUCCAGCAGGCAGGACUCAGGGGAGUCGACUGCGCGGGAGGUUCUGUCCCACCUCCAGAGUAUAGGCAGCGACAUCGACCGGCGAAAUCUGCCGGUGGUGUACGAGCAGGACGACCGGCCAUAA